CCUGCGGUCACCAUGACCAUUAUGAGCAUUAGGGUUACAGACAGUAGCUUUCCACGUGCUACCCAGCGCUAACAUCAGCAUGCUCAAAAGGAAGCAGAGUUCCAGGGUCGAAGCCCAGCCGGUUACUGACUUUGGCCCUGAUGAAUCCCUGUCUGACAAUGCUGACAUACUCUGGAUCAACAAGCCAUGGGUUCACUCCUUGUUGCGCAUCUGCGCCAUCAUCAGCGUCAUUUCCGUCUGUAUGAAUACGCCAAUGACAUUCGAACACUAUCCUCCCCUUCAGUAUGUGACCUUUACGUUGGACACUUUAUUGAUGUUCCUUUACACGGCAGAGAUGAUAGCAAAAAUGCACAUCCGUGGGAUCAUCAAGGGUGAUAAUUCCUACGUGAAAGAUCGCUGGUGUGUUUUUGAUGGUUUUAUGGUCUUUUGCCUUUGGGUUUCUUUGGUGUUACAGGUAUUUGAAAUUGCAGACAUUGUUGAUCAGAUGUCACCUUGGGGUAUGUUGAGGAUUCCACGACCAUUAAUUAUGAUCAGGGCAUUCCGGAUUUACUUUCGAUUUGAACUGCCAAGGACCAGAAUUACAAAUAUUUUAAAGCGGUCAGGAGAGCAAAUAUGGAGUGUCUCCAUUUUCCUGCUUUUCUUUCUACUUCUUUAUGGAAUUUUAGGGGUUCAAAUGUUCGGAACAUUCACCUAUCACUGUGUAGUAAAUGACACCAAGCGAGGGAAUGUAACCUGGAAUAGUUUAGCUAUCCCAGAUACACACUGCUCACCAGAAUUAGAGGAAGGUUAUCAGUGCCCACCAGGAUUUAAAUGCAUGGACCUUGAAGAUCUGGGACUUAAGAGGCAAGAGCUGGGCUACAGUGGCUUUAAUGAGAUAGGCACCAGCAUCUUCACUGUCUAUGAGGCGGCUUCGCAGGAAGGCUGGGUGUUCCUCAUGUACCGAGCAAUUGACAGCUUCCCCCGCUGGCGUUCCUACUUCUACUUCAUCACUUUAAUAUUCUUCCUUGCCUGGCUUGUCAAGAACGUGUUUAUUGCUGUCAUCAUCGAAACCUUUGCAGAAAUUAGAGUUCAGUUUCAACAAAUGUGGGGAUCGAGAAGUAGCACGACAUCCACAGCUACCACACAGAUGUUUCAUGAAGAUGCUGCAGGUGGAUGGCAGCUGGUAGCUGUGGAUGUCAACAAGCCGCAGGGACGUGCCCCAGCCUGCCUCCAGAAAAUGAUGCGGUCAUCAGUUUUCCACAUGUUUAUCCUGAGCAUGGUGACUGUGGAUGUGAUUGUCGCUGCCAGCAACUAUUACAAGGGAGAGAACUUCAGACGACAGUACGACGAGUUCUAUCUUGCAGAGGUGGCUUUUACAGUGCUUUUUGAUUUGGAAGCCCUUCUGAAGAUCUGGUGUUUGGGAUUUACUGGCUAUAUCAGCUCUUCACUUCACAAAUUUGAACUCCUGCUUGUAAUUGGAACUACUCUUCAUGUUUAUCCAGACCUUUAUCAUUCUCAGUUCACAUACUUUCAGGUUCUUCGAGUAGUUCGGCUUAUUAAGAUUUCACCUGCGUUAGAAGAUUUUGUAUACAAGAUAUUUGGCCCUGGAAAAAAGCUUGGGAGUUUGGUCGUGUUCACUGCCAGCCUCUUGAUCGUUAUGUCAGCAAUUAGUUUGCAGAUGUUCUGCUUUGUCGAAGAACUGGACAGAUUUACAACGUUUCCAAGGGCAUUUAUGUCCAUGUUCCAGAUCCUUACCCAGGAAGGAUGGGUAGACGUAAUGGACCAAACUCUGAAUGCGGUGGGACACAUGUGGGCUCCUGUUGUUGCCAUCUAUUUCAUUCUCUAUCAUCUCUUUGCCACUCUGAUCCUGCUGAGUUUGUUUGUGGCUGUUAUUUUGGACAACUUAGAACUUGAUGAAGAUCUAAAGAAGCUUAAACAAUUAAAGCAAAGUGAAGCAAAUGCAGACACUAAAGAAAAACUCCCUUUGCGCCUGCGAAUCUUUGAAAAAUUUCCUAACAGACCACAAAUGGUGAAGAUCUCAAAGCUGCCUUCAGAUUUUACAGUUCCUAAAAUCAGGGAAAGUUUUAUGAAGCAGUUUAUUGAUCGCCAGCAACAGGACACUUGUUGCCUCUUAAGAAGCCUCCCUUCGACCUCUUCCUCAUCAUGUGAUCACUCCAAGAGAUCUGCCAUUGAAGACAACAAGUACAUUGAUCAAAAACUUCGCAAAUCUGUUUUCAGCAUCAGAGCAAGGAACCUUCUGGAAAAGGAGACGGCAGUCACUAAAAUCUUAAGGGCUUGCACUCGACAACGCAUGCUGAGCGGAUCAUUUGAGGGGCAGCCAGCAAAGGAAAGGUCAAUUCUCAGCGUGCAGCAUCAUAUCCGUCAAGAGCGCAGGUCAUUACGACAUGGUUCUAACAGCCAAAGGAUCAGCAGAGGAAAAUCUCUUGAAACACUGACCCAAGAUCAUUCCAACACAGUGAGAUACCGAAAUGCACAAAGAGAAGAUAGUGAGAUAAAGAUGAUCCAGGAAAAAAAGGAACAAGCGGAAAUGAAAAGGAAAGUUCAAGAAGAGGAACUGAGAGAGAACCACCCGUACUUUGACAAACCACUUUUCAUCGUUGGCCGAGAGCACAGAUUCAGAAACUUUUGCCGGGUGGUGGUCCGAGCACGCUUCAAUGCAUCUAAAACAGAUCCUGUCACAGGGGCUGUGAAAAAUACAAAGUAUCAUCAACUGUACGAUUUGCUGGGAUUGGUUACAUACCUGGACUGGGUCAUGAUCAUUGUGACCAUCUGCUCCUGCAUUUCCAUGAUGUUUGAAUCCCCUUUCCGGAGAGUGAUGCAUGCACCUACUUUGCAGAUUGCUGAGUAUGUAUUUGUGAUAUUCAUGAGCAUUGAGCUUAAUCUGAAGAUUAUGGCAGAUGGCUUAUUUUUCACUCCCACUGCUGUCAUCAGAGACUUUGGUGGUGUAAUGGACAUAUUUAUAUACCUGGUGAGCUUGAUAUUUCUUUGCUGGAUGCCUCAAAAUGUGCCUGCUGAAUCAGGAGCCCAACUCCUCAUGGUUUUGCGCUGUCUAAGACCCCUGAGGAUAUUCAAACUGGUGCCCCAGAUGAGGAAGGUUGUUCGAGAACUUUUCAGUGGCUUCAAGGAAAUUUUUUUGGUCUCCAUCCUUCUGUUAACAUUAAUGCUUGUUUUUGCAAGCUUUGGAGUUCAACUUUUUGCUGGAAAAUUGGCAAAGUGCAAUGAUCCCAACAUUAUUAGAAGGGAAGAUUGUAAUGGCAUAUUCCGAAUUAAUGUAAGUGUGUCCAAGAAUUUGAAUUUAAAACUAAGACCUGGAGAGAAAAAGCCUGGAUUUUGGGUACCCCGUGUUUGGGCAAACCCUCGGAACUUUAAUUUUGACAAUGUGGGAAAUGCCAUGUUGGCACUGUUUGAAGUCCUCUCACUGAAAGGCUGGGUGGAAGUGAGAGAUGUUAUUAUUCAUCGUGUGGGGCCGAUCCAUGGAAUCUAUAUUCAUGUUUUUGUAUUCCUGGGUUGCAUGAUUGGACUGACCCUUUUUGUCGGAGUAGUUAUUGCUAAUUUCAAUGAAAACAAGGGGACGGCUUUGCUGACUGUAGAUCAGAGAAGAUGGGAAGAUCUGAAGAGUAGACUGAAGAUUGCACAACCUCUUCAUCUCCCACCUCGCCCGGAUAAUGAUGGUUUCAGAGCUAAAAUGUAUGAUAUAACCCAGCACCCAUUUUUCAAGAGGACAAUUGCAUUACUUGUUCUGGCCCAGUCAGUGUUGCUGUCUGUCAAGUGGGACGUGGAGGACCCUGUGACGGUUCCUUUGGCAACAAUGUCGGUGGUUUUUACCUUCAUCUUUGUUCUGGAGGUGACAAUGAAGAUCAUAGCCAUGUCCCCCGCUGGGUUUUGGCAAAGCAGAAGAAAUCGAUAUGAUCUUCUGGUGACGUCACUUGGUGUUGUAUGGGUAGUACUUCACUUUGCCCUCUUGAAUGCAUACACAUACAUGAUGGGCGCAUGUGUGAUUGUCUUCAGAUUUUUCUCUAUCUGUGGAAAGCAUGUAACAUUAAAGAUGCUGCUCCUGACGGUGGUAGUCAGCAUGUACAAAAGCUUCUUUAUCAUUGUAGGAAUGUUCCUGCUCUUGUUAUGUUAUGCUUUUGCUGGAGUUGUUUUAUUUGGUACCGUAAAAUAUGGAGAGAACAUUAACAGACAUGCAAAUUUUUCUUCAGCUGGCAAAGCCAUCACCGUCCUGUUCCGCAUUGUCACAGGAGAAGACUGGAACAAGAUUAUGCAUGACUGUAUGGUUCAGCCUCCCUUUUGUACUCCAGAUGAAUUUACAUACUGGGCAACAGACUGUGGAAAUUAUGCCGGAGCACUUAUGUAUUUCUGCUCAUUUUAUGUCAUCAUUGCCUACAUCAUGCUAAAUCUGCUCGUAGCUAUAAUUGUGGAGAAUUUCUCCUUGUUUUAUUCCACUGAGGAGGACCAACUUUUGAGUUAUAAUGACCUUCGUCAUUUUCAAAUCAUAUGGAAUAUGGUGGAUGAUAAAAGGGAGGGGGUGAUUCCAACGUUCCGCGUGAAGUUCUUGCUGAGGCUGCUGCGGGGGAGGCUGGAGGUAGACCUCGACAAGGACAAACUUUUGUUUAAGCACAUGUGCUAUGAAAUGGAGAGGUUGCACAAUGGCGGUGAUGUCACCUUCCAUGAUGUCCUAAGCAUGCUCUCCUACCGAUCGGUUGAUAUUCGGAAAAGUUUGCAAUUGGAAGAACUCCUUGCCAGGGAGCAACUGGAGUACACCAUAGAGGAGGAAGUGGCUAAGCAGACCAUACGCAUGUGGCUGAAAAAGUGCUUAAAGCGCAUCAGAGCAAAGCAACAGCAAUCUUGCAGCAUCAUCCACAGCUUGAGAGAGAGUCAACAACAGGAGCUGAGCCGAUUUUUGAAUCCUCCCAGUAUUGAGACCACACAGCCAAGUGAGGACAUGAACGCCAACAGUCAGGAUAAUAACAUGCAACCAGAGACAAGCAGCCAACAGCAGCUUCUGAGCCCCACUCUCUCUGACAGAGGAGGAAGUCGACAAGAUGCUGGAGAUACUGGAAAACCUCAGAGGAAAUUCGGUCAAUGGCGCCUGCCAUCAGCACCAAAACCAAUAAGCCAUUCAGUGUCUUCUGUCAACUUACGAUUUGGAGGCAGGACAACAAUGAAAUCUGUAGUGUGCAAAAUGAACCCAAUGACUGACACAGCCUCCUGUGGUUCCGAAGUGAAGAAGUGGUGGACCCGGCAGCUGACGGUGGAGAGUGAUGAAAGCGGAGAUGACCUUCUGGAUAUUUAAGUGAAUUUCAACCAGAAGAAAACCUAGUAAUG